UUAGAUAAUAAUUAUCAUUGCUCUAAUUUGUUUGGAAAAAUAGUUGGGAUAGAAGAUCAUACAAGGUUAAAAAAUCUCCUAGUAUACCUUAGUACAGCUGGUAUCCGUACGGCUAUAAUGAAUAUUAAAAAAUUUAUUACAGAGUUGCUAGCCCCGUGGAUAGACAUGGCGUAUCCAACGUGGCUGACAUUUUUCAACGACGAAACGUCGAUCUACGAUUUCUUCCGCGACAUUUACGUACCCUUCGACUGUAACUUUAUGAUAUCAAAAAGAAAUUUGGAAGUUGAUUUUGAAGCAGAAAUUAUCACAGAAGUCUAUCAAAUUUACAGAGGACUUGAAUUGAGACACGGUGUUUUCGCGACCUGGAAUAUUGUAUCAGGUGCUACGUACACUAAGUACAGUUUGUAUCAACGAAGAAGUAAUUUACAUGGCCAUACAUUGCGAGUUAUAUCUCUAGAGGAUCCACCAUUCUCAGAAAUAAUUCGUGAUAAGAAUAACAAUGUGAUAGGACUAAAAGGAUUCUUCGGUGGUAUAAUGGAUUUAUUGAAAGAAAGUUUAAAUUGCACGUUAACUUAUCAAACAUCAAAUGAAUGGGGCUAUUUGUUAGAGAACGGUACUUGGACCGGCGCAAUGAGUACAUUGAUUGAUAAUAAAACAGAUAUAUUUGCUGCUGAAUUAUUAAUGACAAGAGAUAGAUUGGAUUCAUUAAAAUUUACUACUCCACUUUAUUCAACCAAAUCUCGAGCAUUCAUCAAAAAGCCAGCAUCUUCAAUGCUGAGUUGGGACAAAUACAUAACACCAUUUGCCACCGGUAUUUGGAGUGCUCUGGGGAUAAUUAUUUUAGUAAGCAGCGCAUCCAUAACAAUAAUAAAAUCCAUAGCUGUUGUUAUUCAUUUAAAGAAUGUUGAAAAUGAUAAAGCAGAUUCGAAAUUUUUGGAUGUCGUUUUUUCUAUUCUUGGAGCUUUAUGCAGUCAAGGGAUGGAAUUAUCAUUAUUAAAUCCAAUACGGAUCGUACAAUUUUCUAUCCAUGUGACAGCUGUAGUAAUUUUAGCGGCCUACUCAGCAGCACUAAUAAGCUCUUUAGCUGUUAAAGUAUUUGUAUUACCUUUUACGACCAUGGAAGGAUUGUUACAGGAUCGUACAUAUCGUUUUGAAGGACUAUCAAAAGUAUGCAGCGAAGAUAAGUAUGCAUUCAUGUCACUGGAUGCUGCAGUUUCGCAAUUAAAAUCGUCAGUCCACUGUACUUUAGUUCCAUUAGAUACAAUUUCACAAGCUUCUAUCGGCAUGGCUCUGGGACCCGAUUGUCCUUUCCGGGGCAUUAUUAAUAAUAACAUACUUUUAUUGAGGGACAGUGGACUUUUGAAUAAAUUGCUUCAUUCUGAUUGGGCGUUACCUGGUGACAAUAUCAAAAGUGAGUGGGCGACUGUAGAGAUAAAUGACGUAUUACCUCUGAUAGUAGUUUUAAUUGUCAGUAAUUUUGUAAGUGUUUUUAUAAUGUGCGGUGAGAAGCUGAUGCAGCUCAAAUUGGCGCGAAAUCGC